AUGGGAAGACAACCUUGUUGUGACAAAAUUGGAUUGAAGAGAGGUCCAUGGACUAUGGAAGAAGACCAAAAGCUUAUGAAAUUCAUUCUCAACAAUGGAAUCCAAUGUUGGAGACUUGUCCCAAAACUUGCAGGUUUAUUAAGGUGUGGGAAGAGUUGCAGAUUGAGAUGGAUGAAUUACUUGAGGCCUGAUAUUAAAAGAGGAGCUUUAACAGAAGCAGAAGAAGAUCAAAUAAUCGAACUCCAUUCGCGUUUGGGUAACAGGUGGUCUAAAAUUGCUGCACAUUUUCCAGGCCGUACAGAUAAUGAAAUAAAGAACCAUUGGAAUACAAGAAUUAAGAAGAAACUAAAGAUUCUUGGUAUAGACCCACAAACCCAUAAGAGAAUUGAUACAGAAGAAGCUGAAACCCUACAGGAAGAAAGCUGAAACGCUAAGGAAGAGUCAAAAGUGAAGGAUUAUCAGAUAGAAAGUGAAUCUUUGAGAAAUUUUGAAGGAUCUGUUUUGAACUCUGGUACUGAUAAAUCUGAAUCUUUUUGUUCAAGAAUUGAAGAAUCUGUCAUCAAAGAAGAAUCUCAGCAGAAUUGGAUUGAUAAUGUAGACUCUUUGCUUUCAUGGGAUGGCUUUAGUAAUCUGGAAGAGAUUUUUCCUUUUGACAGUCAUCAAUUAUGCUAA